AUUAAAGUCAUCUGAAACUUUUUGCAUAAAUAGAGUAAACUCCACAGUCACACUCACCAGUCAUUCGUGAUCGUUCGAUUGUAAUUUAUUUAUUCAAAAUCUCAACAACAAAAAAACACCAUUAAAAUGGCCGCUAAGUUGAUCAUCUUCGCCGCAUGCGUGGUCUCCGCCAUCGCUCAAUACCCCGCCCCAGCCUACAAGCCCGCUUACCCGGCCGCCGCCUACCCAGCACCGGCAUACGCCGCACCCGCUUACGCCGCCCCGAAAGCCUACGCUCCGGAACCCGCAUACCCACCCAAGCCAUACAACUUCGAAUACAGCGUCAACGACCCGUCCACAUACGACGUGAAGAGCCAGUCCGAAUACAGCGACGGCAACGGCAACGUCAAGGGAUCGUACAGCCUCGUCGAAGCCGACGGAUCCACCCGCGUCGUCGAAUACACCGCUGACUCCUACGGAUUCAACGCCGAAGUCAAGAAAAUCGACGGUGGAUACAAGGCCCCGUACAGCGCCCCGGCCUACAAAGCCGCCCCGGCCUACAAGCCCGCCUACCCAGCACCCGCUGCAUACGCCGCACCCGCUUACCCAGCACCCGCCGCAUACCCAGCACCCGCCUACUCCGCACCGGCCUACAAGCCAGCCCCGUACAAGGCCUACUAAUUCGUUUUCAUCCUUCUGACAUGUAUAAACUUUUUCUUCCGAUCUUUUGAAGCCAAACACUAGUCGCCGGCAAACCGCUGCUGGUGCGCGUGCGCGGCUCUCGAGUCGUACAUCGUCAUCGUUAUUAUUAUUGUUCUUUAUUCCCCAUAAUGUAUUGUAAUAAUAUGUGAUUAUGUAUAAACUCCCUUCCUUCUCUGUGCAUCGUAAACAACAUCUUACGAUCAAAUACCUGUAUUUAUUGUUGUGUAAAUGUAUAGUUUAAUAUAUAUUUACAAAACGUUAUAA